AUGGAGAAGGGUAAGUCGUCGCAGAAACAGGGCUUGAUGCAAAUUCCAGAAGCCAUAGACCCCGGAAUAACGCUGCCCUUGUAUGAAGAAGAACUCAACGCCAGUGACCCAAAUCAGCCUCAGAAACUAGGCUCUUACCGGGUCAGAGCCGGCAAAUUCUCCAACACGCUAAGCAAUUUGCUGCCCAGCAUCAGUGCGAAACUGCAUCAUUCGCGUAAAGCGUCCGGAACGCAAAAAAACUCACCCGACCAAGCUGUCAGUGGAUCGUCGAGCAACAACACGUCAAGGUCACAAGUAAGCCUUUCCGGCCAAAUUACGCCUCCGGCUGCGUCCCAACCAAUGCCGGAAGACCCGUUUUUUGGCACUACGGUGCUACCCCGGAAUUCCGGCGAGUCGUUUUCGUUCACCACCGGUGGUCAAAAUCUGAACGCCACAAACUCGACCAACGUGUCACGAACCAGAAACAACACGGUAUCUUCGCAGAUCACCUCACUAUCGGGCAUGCCGCAGACCGCGGGCAGUCUGUGGUCCACAAACACUUCGCCAAAUGAAGCACAUGUAAUUUCAGGCAUCGCUAACCCACCUUUUGCGUCAGCCAGUCCGCUCAACGAUUACUCUUCCAGUGCCUACUUUGAUGUGGCCAAAACCGGGGGAACCGGCGCCACUCAUCACAACACAAACAAUUUAACGGUCCCAGGCAUGGUUACAGGUAUUGUCCCAAACACGGCAAAUGGUAACGCCGGUAACAUCUGGAACACUCGACAAAGAUCUCAUUCUAACGCUUCAAGUAUCUACACAGAUGCUCCAAUUUACGACAACAAAGCUGUAAAUCGUUCGAGGGCGUCCACUUUUGGACUGGGGCUGGAGCCGGCCCCGUUACCGGCACAUAACACGACAGGUACAAGGCAACUCACGCCUCCUUCACCAUUAGUAGCAGAUGAGAUUGACCCCAGAUCCAUCAACUGGGUGACAACCGACCCCUCUGUUCCCGCGAUAAACCAAAUUUCUACACUUCUUCCAACAAACACUGUGUCCAUAUCCAACGUCUAUUCUUUGCAACAACAACAGCCACAAGUAGCCGAUGCCGUCAAUUUAACUAGUAUGAGCUUGGCCACGCUGUGCAUGAAGUUCGGUAUUGUCUUGUCCGCGAGAACACUCAAAAGAAUAAAUAUGGCGCUCGUUGAGUUCGACACUGUAGAGUCUGCAAUGCGCGCAAAAGAUGCGUUGCAUGGCAAGGAAGUCUCUCUUGUAGGUGCACCAAGUUCUGUUUCGUUCGCUAAGGUCUUACCUAUGCAUCAGCAAGCGAUGUCUUCUUCGCACUCCUUGGCAAGCAAUUCGACCACCAUGAAUGGACCUCAAUCGCUGCUGCAAGAACAACUUUACAGUGGAGCUUUGACUUUUCAGCAACAGGGCAAUAUCUCGAUUCCCGUACUAAACGGACCCGCCCACCAACAGCAAGUUCAGCCUGGCGCAUCGCAGCCCCACGUCCAAUCACAGUCACAACAGCAGCCAAAUGCAAACGCAAACCCAAAUUCAAAUCAUCAUGGUUCAGCGUCCCAUGGUAGUUCCGAAAAGGAGCAUUGUCCUUUUCCCUUACCACCACCAAAUUUUUCACAACACAUUCAAGCCAUCGAAGAUAUUAUCAACUCAUUUGGCGCAAGUCACGAUUCUGCUCAAACGAGACAUAUCAUCAACAAUGCACUACUGUGCAAUGGAACAAGCGACACAGCGGAUUUUGGUCCAUUACCGGAUCCCUUACCCAACAGAGAGUUUGAUGCUCCUAAGCUUCGCGAAAUUCGUAAAGCAAUCGAUUCAAACCUCAUGAGCGAGCUAGAAGUGGAGCAGCUAGCCAUAGCGAUGCUGGACGAAUUACCAGAGUUGUGCUCUGACUAUUUGGGUAAUACAAUCGUGCAAAAACUCUUUGAUUAUUCUUCGUCUGUCAUCAAAGACAUUAUGCUUAGACGAACAAAUACGUUUUUGACUUCGAUGGGUGUUCACAAGAAUGGUACUUGGGCAUGCCAAAAGAUCAUCACUAAAGCUAAUACACCAAGACAAAAGAUGCUAGUCGCAAGGGGCGUGGAAAAGUACUGUACACCACUUUUCAAUGACCAAUUUGGAAAUUAUGUCACUCAAUGCGUACUAAAAUUUGGGUUUCCUUGGAAUAACUUUAUUUUCGAACACAUUAUAUCGAAUUUUUGGACAAUCGCGCAAAAUAGAUACGGUGCAAGAGCUGUACGGGCUUGUCUGGAGGCCCACGAUCUGAUUACAAGGGAGCAGCUGCUCGUACUCAGCGGCAUGAUCGUCUUGUACACCGAAUACUUGGCCACAAACAGCAACGGCGCUUUACUUGUUACUUGGUUCUUGGAUACAUGCACUCUUCCUCACAGACAUUCAAUUCUUGCUCCACGCCUUGUUGCGAACAUGGCAGAGAUGUGCUGCCAUAAGCUUGCAUCUCUGACAGUUCUAAAGGUCCUAAACUUUAGGGGCGACGAGAGAGCCAAACGACUAAUAAUUGACACCAUCUUCGGAAAGAAAGAUACUUCGCAUCCCUCCCCACUACUGUUUCAAAUUCUCUGCGAUACAAAUUAUGGGCCAACAUUUCUUUACAAGGUUCUUUCGAUGUCUCUACUCGAGGGCGACGUCAGAGUGCAUGUCGUGCAACAGGUGCGUCGCGCACUCAUGGAGAUUAACCCAACUCAGCAGCAUCGUCGUUUGAUGGAAGAAGUGGGUCUUGGUGGAACCGCUGUUGCAUCCACCAUAACGCCAGCGGUGUCCGGCUCUUCCAAGCACCGCCCUAGUAUCUCUCAAGUCUUCAAUAGCGACGGAGCCAGUCACGCGCGCAAUGUUUCGGUGGGAAGUAAUAUGAGCAAUGGGUCUCGUCCCCGGGCGCUUUCUAACAGCGGUUUAGCGGCCGUUCCUGCCGGCACUGCUACUGCUUCGGUGUCAGCAUCAAACCCGGCUUCUCUGAACCUAAAUCCCCAAAAGCCACCUCCAUCUGUAGCGACCGCUGGCUACUACAAUUACGCCGGUGGAGUUUACCCAAAUCCAGGUGUAGAUAACAGGGGCAUUUACGGGGAUGAUGUUACCUCGCAAUUCGACAUGCUGAGUUUGCAAAACGGCACUCAGAUUUCUCUCCCACAAAUAAGCAUGAGCAACAGCAACACAACGAAUAAAUCCGCUAACAACAACAAUAACGGCAAUUAUCUGCACCCUUCCAACAGCAACACCGGGUCACUAUAUGGGAACUACGGAUAUUGA